AUGAUGGAGCUAGGGUUAGAGUAUUCAUGUAUCCAAGCAAUAUAUAAGAUUUUAGUUGUGCAGAUAGCAAGUGGAACCUUUCUGCUUGAGGCUUCUCUUUUAUCCAUGGAGAUGUUCUCCAAUGUUGUGAAGAAAGGGUUAGGUCUAUUGGCUACGGAUAGUUUAAUGUUUGAGGACAAGAGGACAAAGCCAUUUGUGGAAUUGUAUGCGACAAAUGAAAGCAAAUUCUUUGAGGAUUUUGGUCAUGCUAUGCGUAAGGUAAGUGUUUUGAAUGUUAAGGUGGGGAAGAAGGGAGAGGUACGAAAUAGGUGUGAUUCUUUCAACAACCUUGAUACUAAUUGA